UACCUUCAGUGUCAGAAGGUUAUAAACUUCCUAUUCUCACGUGUUUAAAAGUUUAGCUUGGUGAAACUACAUUAAUUACCGUAUUGCGACAAUGGGUAAAACUAAAAAGCGCUAUAACUGGAAAUCCAGGCAGGUUGUUAAAACAGAAAUAGACAAAAGUGAAGAAAAGAAGAUCGUGGUGAACAUCCCUUCUGCUGAACAUUAUGAUGAAGCCAAUCCACUUGUCUUACCUUCCAAAAAGCGAAAAACUAAGUUGGAAAUACCAAAAACUCAGGUUAAAAACCUUUUAUCCAAGAAGAAACGAAAGGAGCUUGAAAAAAUUGUUGAGCGUAAAAAGAAAAAGGAAAAUCGAGCAGCUUUAUUGGAAAGUCUUGCAAAAGUACAAGCAAAACCAGAAGAGCUAAGUAAAAUGGUAUCAAUUUCAACAGCAAUUACAAAAGGAUUGAAACGCCGCUACAAAGAUGAUGAUCCUUUUGAUACAUUAGAAGGUGGAGAUAAAGUAGUGAGUGCAUCCGGAAAUAAUGAUAGCCAGCAACGUAUUAAUUCUAUUAAAGGUGCUAGGAAAAGACGCAGACUGCUAGCAGUGAUUAAUAAUUUUGACAAAAAGAAGAAAGUACGUGACCCCAACAUCGUUGGAUUUGAGUCUUCCUCUGAGGAAUCCUCUGAUGAUGAUGACAAUGAUGACGAUACUGCUUUAAACAUCAAGCAAGAAACUCCAGUUGAUGAUAACAAUGAUGAACCUGAAUCUAAUAAUGAUCCUGAUAUUGUUGAAGUUGAAGAUGUUGCUAACAGUACCACGGAAAAGCCAAAUAAUGCUGCAGAAAAUGAUGUUAAUAAAGUAGUAGCACCAGAUGGCAAAGAUGAAGUUAAAAUAAAAGAAAAGACAAAAAUAUCUGUGCCUAGCAAUCCUGCUGUUUAUGUUCCAGUUGAUAGAAAACCAGAAAUCCAAGAAGCUAGACUCAAACUACCUAUACUUGCUGAAGAGCAAAUAAUCAUGGAAAAAAUCAAUGAAAAUCAUGUUGUACUAAUUGCUGGAGAAACUGGAAGUGGUAAAACUACCCAAGUCCCACAAUUUCUUUAUGAAGCUGGUUAUGCAAGAGAUGGAAAAAUGAUUGGAAUUACAGAACCUAGGCGUGUUGCUGCAAUUUCAAUGGCUAAGAGAGUUGGAGAGGAAUUGAACUUGAGCUGUGAUGAUGUUAGCUAUCUCAUUAGAUUUGAGGGUAAUGUUACCCCUACCACUAAAAUAAAAUUCAUGACAGAUGGUGUAUUAUUAAAAGAAGUUCAAUCUGAUUUUCUUCUCAACAAAUAUUCAGUAAUAAUUUUGGAUGAAGCUCACGAGAGAAGUGUUUAUACUGACAUUCUUAUGGGUCUCCUUUCUCGUGUAGUUAUUUUGAGAAAUAAGCGAGGGAUACCUCUGAAAUUAAUUAUUAUGUCAGCUACUCUAAAAGUGGAAGAUUUUACAGAAAACACUCGUUUAUUCAAAAUUCCUCCUCCUGUAAUUAAAGUAGAAUCACGUCAGUUUCCUGUCACUGUCCAUUUCAACAAAAGAACAAAUCCAGAUUAUCUAAAAGAGGCCUAUAGAAAAACAUGCAAAAUACAUACUCAGCUUCCAGAUGGCGGAAUAUUAAUCUUUCUGACAGGUCAGCAGGAAGUAAACACUUUAGUUUCGAAAUUGAGAAAAGCUUUUCCUUUUCGGAAGGUUAACAAAACAAUUGAUAAACCAGAUGAUCAAGAUAAAGAAAAGGAAGACGAAGAAGAUGAAUUGAACCUUGAUAGAGUCAUGCAAAAAGUCAAAAAGAAAAAGAAAGAAACUCCCCUAUCUCUUCCUGAAAUCAAUCUCGAUAACUAUGAUGUUGCACCCAAUGAUGAUACUGAAAUGGACAUUCUUGAAAGUGAUGAAGAACCUGAUGAGGAAGAUUGGGAACUUGAAGGAAUGAAAGUUAGCAAUGCUCAACCGCUUUGGGUUUUACCUUUGUACUCUGUUCUACCAUCACGUGAACAAGCCAAGGUAUUUCAAGAACCUCCUGAGGGCUGCAGGCUUUGUGUGGUAGCUACAAAUGUUGCUGAAACUUCACUGACAAUUCCUGGUGUAAAAUAUGUGGUUGAUUCUGGAAAAGUCAAGACUAAGUUGUAUGAUAAAAUAACUGGUGUGUCAGGGUUUGCAAUCACUUGGACGAGUAAAGCAGCUGCUGACCAAAGAGCAGGCAGGGCUGGUAGAACUUCUCCAGGUCAUUGCUACAGAUUGUAUUCAUCUGCUGUUUUCAAUGAUGAAUUUGAAGGAUGGACAGUUCCCGAAAUGCAAAGGAGACCUGUUGACGAACUUGUUCUUCAAAUGAAAUCUUUAGGAAUUCAAAGAGUGGUUAAUUUUCCUUUUCCAUCUUCUCCUGAUUUAGCUCAACUGAAAUCAGCUGAACAAAGACUUACAUACCUGGGUGCUUUGGAGAGAACGCCUAAAAAAAAAGGUGAUGAUGGUUGGGUUGGUAAGUUGACACCACUCGGAGAAGCCAUGGCAAAGUUCCCAGUAGCACCCAGGUUUGCCAAAAUGCUUUGUCUUUCGCAUCAGCACAAUUUAAUGGAAUAUACAAUAACUCUUGUUGCUGCACUUUCAAUUCAAGAGCUUCUGUUAAAUGAUAAUGAGAGCCAAAAUAAAUCGAGAAAUAAAAGACUUUGCUGGGCUGGCCAAGGGAACUCUAAAUUAUUAGGUGAUGCUAUGGUGCUCUUGAGAUCGGUAGGUGCUGCAGAAUAUGCUAAUAGUUGUGGAAAAUUAGAAGAAUUUUGUAGUGAGCACAAAAUUAGGCUGAAAGGAAUCAUUGAAGCCCGAAAAAUUAGGAUCCAGUUGACUAAUGAAAUAAACCUGUUGAACCCAGAAUUAAAUCUUCCAGUUGAUCCAAAAUUAAAACCACCGACUGAUAUACAGGCUAAACUCCUGAGACAAAUUGUUCUGUCUGGUAUGCUCGAUCAAGUUGCCAGGAAGGUGGAUGAGCCUCAAGAGUCGACAGUGAAACAAAGACCACUCUACCACACUCCACUGCUUGAUGAAACAGUUCAGGUUCACAGUAGUAGUGUCUUGUACAAGGAAUACCCGGAGUGGAUUGUUUACCAAGAAAUUUACCAGACCAACAAAGUAUACCUCAGAGGUAUAACUGCAAUAGAACCUGAGUGGCUACCAGUAUUUGCAAAAUCUUUGUGCAGGGUUGGAGUGCCUAUGGAAGAUCCAGUACCUCGAUAUGACCCAACCACUGGUUUGAUAUAUUGUCAUGUAAAAGGAACAUUUGGAAGAAGAGGUUGGGAUCUGCCUCCUGUAGAAAUUGAAUUUCCUUCCGUGCUGGAUAAAUAUAAGUGGUUUGCAAUGUUUCUGCUAGAUGGUACUAUUUUUCCUAAGCUAAAAAAAUUCACAAAAAGCCUUCUCUCUACACCUAAGACAAUGAUUAGAUCAUGGGCUAGGUUGCAGCCAAGAACUGAAAUUCUUUUAAAGACAUUGAUUCAAAAAGAAGUUAAUUCAAGAGAUAAGUUGUUAAAAGUUUGGAAAACAGAUAGAACUUAUUUACUUGAUGCCUAUCAAAAAUGGUUGCCAGAAAAAGCACAUAAUGAGACGUCAGUGAUGUGGCCUCCUAUUGAUUAACAUUUCUUAAAUAAUAUUUAAUUGAAGAAGUUAUAAUUUGUGAUAAUUAAUCAUCUAAUGUAAAUAGAUGUACAGAUAUUUAAAAUUGUGACAGAGGAUUUAUGAUGCUAUUCAAUUACGUAUGUAAUUGUUACAAAAUAUUUUAUUUAUUUUCAAUGAAAAUAUUGUAUAUUAUUUGUUUUAAUAUGUACAUACUCCACAUUUUCAAUUGUAAAUUAUAAAGAUGUUGAAAUUCAAUAAAAUUUGUUUAAUAUUUAAA